AUGCAUACUCUGUCCUCAUGUGAUUUUGAGGCGUUGAAUCGUGUGUUGGACUUUUUGCGCCUCCACCCCAGUGAAAUCCACAGGGACGAAUUUAAUGGACUUCGCGAAUUCUUAACGUCACUGGGCGCCACUCUUUCUCCCAGAACAUAUGAACCCAACACGACUGCGGGACCAGAGGCAAAUGAAGAGGACACAGCGAGUGAACCGGAUGAAGAACUAUGGAAGUUGGAAGACGUGGCGGAUGAUGGGAUUCCAGCAGGCAGUGGAGAUCCUUCACCUGAGCAGGAGGAGAAAGCGAUGGAGCUCAAAGCAGCAGCGGCCGACUGCGCGGCUGAUGGUCGACUUGACGAGGCUGUUGACUUACUCGCUCAGGCACUUCGCCUGGUGCCGGGAAAGGCAAUGUAUUGGUCACAGCGCGCAAGUUAUUUGCUUGAGUGCAAGCGUCCCGGUGCUGCAUUGCGUGACGCCAACAGGGCACUCUCUCUUAACCCUGAAAAUGUACGUGCUUUGCGCGUCCGGGGAACAGUGAAUCGCCACCUGGGAAAGUGGGAGGACGCACUCAAAGACCUGAGUGAGGCACAAACUGUCGAUUACGACGAGAAGACGGAUGCACUGCUUCGGCUGGUCCAGGAAAAGGCAAAUGCACGGCGACAGUCACGUCGUCGGAAGGAGGAAGAGCGGGAGGCAAAGCGACAAGAGGCCCUCCGCCGCCAGCGCGAGAUGGAAAUGCAACGAGAGGAGGAGGAGGAGCGACGACAAAACCAGCGGCAGGCACCUCCAUCAGGGGGAUUCCCCGGAGGAUUCCCAGGCGGAAUGCCAGGCGGGUUCCCGGGUGGAAUGGAGGAAAUUAUGAAGGACCCGGAAAUCUUGGAAGCCAUGCGGAAUCCGGAGAUUGCGUCUAAGUUCUCUACUCUCAUGCAGAACCCUAUGGCUGCUCUGGGGAUGAUGAGUGAUCCCCAAAUGGGUCCUCUGCUUCAGAAAGUUAUGUCAAAAGUGAUGGGUGGUGGAUUCCCGGGUGCGGGAAUGCCGGGUUCUGGUUUCCCGGGAGGAGGCAUGUCAGGUCAGGGGUUUGCUUCUUCACCAGACGCAACACCCGGUACCACGAAUUCGGCCCCACCUAAGGGACCACUUCAUGACCCUGACGAGUUGGAUUAA